UGUGUAGAAGAAUCUGUGUUAAAAAAAAGGGUUUCAUUUUCACCAUGUUAACUUCUAACGAGUCGAUAAAUCGACAGUAAUUCUUUUCACCGCGCAAUUCUCCCAACAUAUUCCCGCCAAAUCUUCGUAACUCAACAACCCACCACCACCGUCGCAACUCCGACCACCACCACAACCAUGGGAAAACAAAAACAACAAGUAAUCUCCCGCUUCUUCGCCCCAAAACCCAAACCCCCUUCAUCAACCACCGACCCCCCUCCACCCUCACCCUCUCCUCGUCCCACUCCUUCCACCCCCAAAAUCUCCACCACCGUCUCUUUCUCUCCAGCCAAACGCCGCCUUAUCUCUCAACUAACAUCAUCCCCCAACAAACAACCCAAACUCUCUGUACCCUCCCCACCCAAUCCCUCCCUUCACCAACGCUUCCUUCAAAAGCUUCUAGAACCUUCUCCUCCUGACCCACAUCUCCCUUCGUCUUCCCAACCGGUAAAGUUUACUCCUUUGGAGGAACAAGUAGUGGAACUCAAAGCGAAAUACCCUGAUGUUCUUUUAAUGAUUGAAGUUGGUUACAAGUAUAGGUUUUUCGGCCAGGAUGCCGAGACUGCUGCUAGAGUUUUAGGUAUAUAUGCUCAUAUGAAUCAUAAUUUUUUAACUGCUAGCAUACCAACUGUUCGACUUCAUGUCCAUGUGAGGAGGCUUGUGAGUGCGGGGUAUAAAGUUGGUGUUGUUAAGCAGACAGAGACUGCUUCUAUUAAGGCACAUGGUUUGAACCGGGGUGGCCCGUUUUGCAGAGGGUUGUCGGCUUUGUAUACGAAGGCGACGUUGGAGGCGGCUCAGGAUUUGGGAGGUGGGGAAGAUGAGUGUGGGUCGGUGAGUAAUUACUUGCUGUGUGUUGUGGAGAAGAGCAUUUCGGGGGAGAGAAAGUCUAAGGGUGGUGUGGAAGGUGGUUUUGAUGUGAGGAUUGGGAUUGUUGGUGUGGAGAUAUCGACUGGAGAUGUUGUUUACGGAGAGUUUAAUGAUAAUUUUUUGAGGAGUGAACUUGAGGCUGUUGUUGUUAGUUUGUCUCCGGCUGAGUUGCUUCUUGGGGACCCUCUUUCUAAACAAACUGAGAAGUUAUUAUUAGCUUUUGCUGGACCCUCCUCAAAUGCUCGUGUGGAGCGUGCCUCACGAGAUUGCUUCACUGAUGGAGGCGCUUUAGCUGAAGUUAUGACCUUGUAUGAAAACAUGUGUGUUGAUAGUUCAUCAGAUUCAAUGCAAGGCAAUGAAUUGACUGAGCAUAAAACUCAGCAGAUGGAAGUCAAGGAGGCCAUGAACCUUCCAGAUUUGGCUGUUGAAGCUCUAGCUUUAACUAUUCGCCAUUUGAAGGGAUUCGGUUUUGAAAGAAUUCUGUGCUCAGGUGCUUUAAGGCCCUUUGCAAACAAUACUGAAAUGACUCUCUCAGCCAAUGCACUACUACAACUGGAGGUCUUACAAAAUAACAGCGAUGGAUCUGAUAGUGGUUCCUUGCUACAAACUAUGAAUCACACUCUUACUAUAUUUGGUUCCAGGCUUCUUAGGCAUUGGGUGACACACCCACUGUGUGAUCAAACCACGAUUUCUGCCCGUCUUAAUGCUGUGUCUGAAAUCGCAGAGUCCAUGGGAACUUGUAAUGGCAUGAAGAAUCUUGGAUGUUCUGAGGAAGAUCCUGAUGUAACGAUUGUGCAGCCUGAGUUAGCGAACAUACUUUCAUUGGUUUUGAAAGCCCUGGGCCGGGCACCUGAUAUACAACGUGGCAUUACAAGAAUUUUCCACUGCACUGCUACCCCAUCUGAGUUUAUUUCCAUUAUUCAAGCUAUUUUGUCUGCUGGAAAACGGCUUCAGCAACUUAGCAUAGGAGAGGGGGAUACCAAUAAUAAUAAUAAUAAUAAUAAUAAUAAUAAUAAUAAUAAUAAUAAUAAAUUGUACUCUGGUUUGUUAAAGAAGUUAAUUUCAACCGCUUCCUCUGCAAAUGUUAUUGGUAAAGCAGCAAAAAUGUUGUCAUCUUUAAAUAAAGACUCUGCUUAUCAAGGAGAUCUGACAAAUAUGAUCGUUGCAACUGAGGGACAAUUUCCAGAGGUAUUUACAGCUCGAAAGGCUUUUCAGAUGGAAUUGGAACAAUUAAAUUCGUUGAUUGGCUUGUACCGCAAACGGCUUGGAAUGCGAAAUUUGGAAUAUAUGUCUGUUUCUGGUGUAACUCACUUGAUAGAGUUAUCAUCUGAUGUAAAAGUUCCUUCAAAUUGGGUUAAGAUAAAUAGCACAAAGAAAACAAUUCGGUAUCACCCUCCUGAAGUAGUGACAGCAUUGGAUGAGUUAUCAUUAGCUAAAGAGAAGCUUACUGUUGCCUGCCGAGCUGCAUGGGACAGCUUUCUGAGGGACUUCAGUAAACAUUAUGCUGAGUUCCAAGCUUCUGUUCAAGCACUAGCUGCUUUAGAUUGUCUGCAUUCACUCGCCACUCUUUCAAGAAAUAAGGGUUAUGUCCGCCCUGGUUUUGUAGAUGAUGAUGAGCCUGUUCAGAUACAAUUUUGCUCUGGUAGACAUCCGGUUUUGGAGACCACCUUGCAAAAUAAUUUUGUCCCAAACGAUACAAAAUUGCACGCUGACAGAGAGUAUUGUCAGAUUGUCACUGGACCCAAUAUGGGAGGGAAAAGUUGCUAUGUUCGCCAAGUGGCUCUAAUUACUCUCAUGGCUCAGGUUGGCUCCUAUGUUCCAGCAUCAUCAGCAAAAUUACAUGUCCUUGAUGGGAUCUACACUCGGAUGGGUGCUUCUGACAGUAUUCAGUUAGGGAGAAGCACUUUCCUAGAAGAAUUGAGCGAGACUUCACAUAUACUUCAUAGAUGUACAGAACGUUCACUGGUUAUACUCGAUGAGCUUGGGAGAGGUACAAGUACACAUGAUGGCAUGGCCAUUGCUUAUGCGACAUUACAUUAUCUUCUUAAGCAGAAGAAAAGCUUGGUCCUCUUUGUCACUCAUUAUCCAAAGAUUGCCAGUCUAGAAACUGAAUUUCCAGGCUCUGUAGCAGCAUAUCACAUGUCACAUAUGACCGCAAACGAUGAUUCAAGUAAAAACUCCAACGAUCAUGAAGAUGUCACUUAUUUAUAUAAGCUCAUACCUGGUGUUUCGGAGAGGAGUUUUGGUUUUAAGGUUGCCCAUCUUGCACAGUUACCACCAUAUUGCAUUAGGCGAGGUAUUGUCAUGGCUUCUGAACUAGAAUCACUAGUAAACAGUAGAUUACAUGGUAGAUCAGGAAAUGAGUUGUUGUUGGAAGCACCUGUUAUUGAUCAAGAGCAAGAACCACAUGAUUGUCCACGUCAAGACUUUGACAGUGCAUUUAAGGAAUUCUAUUCAAACUUAAAAGCUGCAAUACUAGAUGAUGACAAUGCGAAAAGCUUUCAACUUUUAGAGAGUGCUAGAAGCAUUGCAAAGACAUUAGUUAGCAGGUCAAUGCAGUUGGUAUAAAUGAGAUGACAUGCAGGGUUCAAAAGCUCUACUAGUGUUUGUUGUAUAAUUUAGUUAAGCUUUCCAAUUUUCGCUUUACAUUUUUCCUGCCUUAAUUAGAUAUUUGUAACCGUGGUUAUGCUUUUGAUUAUAUUUUAUGCAGCGUAUAUAGAUGUCUUAAUUUGAGGCAACUAGGGUCAAAGUUUCUGCUGAUCUUAUUUACGUUUGGUAAGAAACAAGUGGGAGGGAAAUUACACCAUCAAUCAAUUGUUUAGUUUUCUAUAAUAUUUAAAAUUUGCUUUGUAUUUCGUCUUGAGCAUGAACAAAAUAAUGCCAGUUCAAUAGUUCAAUAGAGGUGUGCAAUUGAUGUAACCUUAUUUUACACUAACGAUAAUAACAUAUGCAUCAUCACUUAUUUUAUACUAAUGAUAAUAACAUAUGCAUCAUCAACCCUUGUGCAUCAUCACCCACUCUCGCAGUUAGGUGGUUUUUGUACACUUCCUCCAAAAAUGUAAAUUUAGCAUGACAUUCUCUAGUAUCAUCAUUUUCUUUGGGGCAUCCUCUGGUUCAAGUCCCUUAUGACCCAAAUAGUUCAUCAUUUCUAGUGCAUCAUGUUUGGUCAUUAUGGAGUGAUCUAAUAAUCUUCCUUUGAUUGAAAGAUAUGGCAGGCGUGAGACAUCAUCUAGUGUGAUAAACAUGUCACCACAUGGAAGAUGAAAAGACGACGUCUCA